UAAUACAGUAUGUAUGUAGUGUGGUGGACUGGUGGUCUUCAAAUGGGCCUAGAAGAAGAUAGAUGGGAAAGUGCGAAUGAGUCGGCGGCUCAGGUAGUAGACUGUGAGAAUUAAACAAUUACAUUUAGAUUUCACUUUAUUGAAAAGCUGAACCGUAAUUAAAGGAGAGUGAGUAAAAUGCUGUGUUUGGUUGGGUCUUUGAAUCGAGUCGGUGUAAGUUAGCUCCGCUUAUUGCGCCUAUGCUUCUUCUUCUGUUGAUUAAAAGGUGUGUGCUACUUCAGAUGUUUGAAAGCAGAGUCAAAAAAUGCAGAAAAACUAAAGCGUCCACUCGAAAAGAAAACCAUUUUCCUGAUUGCACAAUAAAUUAUAUGUCGUGUGUUUUGUCGUCAACUCAACCGAAAAAUCUAAAGAACAACGGCACAUGAAGAGAGUUUCGCCUUUAAAUGAAACUGAGAGGCCGACCCAUAAAAAUAUAAAAAAGGCAAGGGCCCUGUGAGUAUCCAUGAAGCGGAAGACGCGUGGGUUGCUGUAUUAAGUAACCACACAGAAUGCUGACACGUGUAAUAUGAUCCGAGGGUGAAGCAGUAAAGCAUGUGUACGGUUUUGAUUACGUGUUAAGUGGGAUCCAUUUGCUGGUCUUACGGUUACGACUUCUUUUGCCGGUAAUAAUGGGAUCUAAUUAGCGGAAUCACCUGCUUCGCUUACAUACUUAAACACCAUAUGUUACACUGAACUUGAUAUGUGAGCAUCACACAUUCACAUUACUACAGUACAAUACAUGAGUAUGCGUGUAUAACACUAAAUUAAAUGAGAGUUAUUAAUGCUUUUUCCAAAACCGUUAUACAAUUAAUUAUUAUUAGUCCAUAAAUACCCCACACCCCCUCUGAAAGACACAGCGAGAAGAGUGUAAAGAGAAAGAGAGAGAGCAAAGAAUAAGAGGAAGAUGAAGCUUCUGGGUCUAAUUACAUUUCUAGCGAUCGUGAUCCAACAAAGCUGUUUGGAGCUAGGAGCAGAUGCGUUACCGAAUGAUGGGUUCGUGAGGACUAAAGGUGUUCAGUUUAGUCUCAAUGGCUACCCUUUCUACGCUAAUGGCGUUAAUGCCUACUGGCUCAUGUACGUUUCCUCCGAUCCAUCCCAAAGGUCUAAGAUCUCUGCCGCGCUCCAAGAUGCCUCUCGCCAUGGCUUGACCGUUGCUCGAACCUGGGCUUUCAGCGAUGGCGGUUACAGAGCUCUUCAGUCUUCCCCUGGCUCCUACAACGAGGAUAUGUUUCAGGGUUUGGAUUUUGCGAUUGCUGAGGCAAGAAGCCAUGGGAUAAAGGUAAUACUCAGCUGUGCCAAUAACUACGACAGCUUCGGAGGGAAGAAGCAAUAUGUGGACUGGGCUCGAAGCCGAGGCCGUCCCGUUUCUUCUGAAGACGACUUCUUCACCGACUCCCUUGUUAAAGAUUUCUACAAGAACCAUAUCACGGCUGUGCUCAACAGAUUCAAUACUUUUACUAAAGUUCAAUACAAAGAUGACCCAACUAUAAUGGCUUGGGAGCUCAUGAACGAGCCCCGUUGCCCCUCAGAUCCUACCGGAAGAACCAUUCAGACUUGGAUUACUGAAAUGGCUGCUCAUGUGAAAUCACUAGACAGAAACCAUCUGCUUGAAGCUGGCCUCGAAGGUUUCUAUGGUCAGUCUUCCCCUCAAAGCACGACUCUAAACCCACCCGGCCAGUUUGGAACUGACUUCAUCGCCAAUAACCGCAUCCCCGGCAUUGAUUUUGUUACGGUUCACUCUUACCCUGACGAAUGGUUCACAGAUGCAAGUGCAAGCGAGCAGUCCAAAAUGGAUUUCUUGAACAAAUGGCUCAACGCACACAUCCAAGACGCACAGAACGUUCUUCGCAAACCCAUAAUAGUAGCAGAAUUUGGUAAAUCAACGAAGAAACAAGGCUAUAGCCCUGCAGAGAGAGACAUUGUCUUCAACACCGUGUACGGCAAGAUUUACGAGUCUGCAAAACGAGGCGGUGCAGCAGCAGGAGGAUUGUUCUGGCAACUUCUGGGGAAUGGAAUGGAUAAUUUUCAAGAUGGGUAUGGGAUCAUACUUAACCAAAGCUCGUCGACGGUUAACGUCAUUGCUCAGCAAUCGCGGAAGUUGACUUUGAUUCGGAAAAUAUUUGCUAGGAUGAUCAAUGUGGAGAAAUGGAAGAGAGCGAGAGGCCACAGACAAGUCAGAAAACGAGGUCAUCACAAAAUCAAAAACUGAAGAUUAAACUAAUUUCUACUUUUAAUAUUUACUCUCUUAUAGCGAAUCCAAGGACCUCAGCUCGUCCAAGAAAGUAAUAGUGAUAGAUUUCAUAAUAUACUUAGUUUUUGGCCGGAA